GAGCUGGAGGUUCCAGACUAACAGUGAUGCUGUUUGUGCCGCAUUCCCCGCACAGGAGCCGCGGGAACAUGUACUUAAAUCCACAGUGAGUGCGAGCGGGUGCGGAGCCAGGAAUGGCUGAAUCUCCAGCGGCGCCUCGGAAACGUAGUGAGACGGCUGCACGGGCUCAGGGGAGCGGGACUAGUAGUACGGCGGGAGAUGGGGAGUGUUUCUCGCUGGAGGAGAUCUUGGAGCUGUACAAGCAGCCGAUCAAUGAGGAGCAAGCUUGGGCUGUGUGCUAUCAGUGCUGCCGGGCCCUGCAGGAGGGGAGGGGGGUUGGUGUUUCGGGAAGGAGAAUAACUGGAGCGGAGGAGAUUCGUAUUGGGAAGGAUGGAGCUGUCAUCACCAGGCACGAGUCGGCGGCAGCAGCAGCAGGAGAGUCAAUUGAUUGCAGAUUUACAGAAACAGAGGUUAUUGUGUCUCUUGGGAUCAUCAUUUACAAAGCUCUGGAUUAUGGCUUGAAGGAGAAUGAGGAAAGGGAACUUAGCCCUCCUUUGGAGCUGCUGAUUGACAACAUGACUAACACAGAGACAGCUGGAAGUAAUGAUGAAGGCUAUGAUGCUCUUGAUGAAGAUGAGACCGAUAGUGAAAGAGAAUCAGCCGGCUUCCAACACUCUUACAGCAAUGUAAUGAAGCUUUGUGCUUCGCAUUUGCCAACUCCGUCAGAAGCUCCCAAUCACUACCAAGCAGUAUGUCGGGCCUUAUAUGCAGAGACAAUGGAGUUGCACAUGUUCCUGACCAAAAUAAAAAGUGCAAAAAAGAGUUUAAAGAAGAUUCAAGAAAUGGAAAGAGAUACAACAGACAGAGGAGGCUCUGAUUUAGAUGAGCUGAAAAACGCAGACUGGGCCCGGUUCUGGGUGCAGGUAAUGCGGGAUCUAAGGGACGGUGUCAAGCUGAAGAAAGUGCAAGAGCGCCAGUACAACUUGUUACCGAUAGAGUAUGAGCUGACACCUUAUGAGAUGCUUAUGGAUGAUAUUCGAUCUAAACGGUACACCCUACGGAAAGUCAUGGUUCAGAGUGACAUCCAACCCCGAUUAAAAAAAAGUGCUCAUGAAAUAAUCCUGGAUUUUAUACGAUCUAGACCUCCGCUUAAUCCGGUGUCUGCUCGAAAGCUGAAACCUACCCCACCCCGUCCACAAAGCCUUCAUGAACAAAUCCUGGAAGGGAUCAAAUCAGAGCGAAAGCUGCGUCCUGUUUCCCCUGAUGACAUUAGGCGCAGCAAAUUAGUAACGCGGCCUCUUAGCAUGUCAUACAGUUUUGACUUGUCAGAUGUAUCGACACCAGAAGUAACAAGAAACGUGUCUGCCAAAACAGUGUUAAAUGGUGGGGUGACGCCAAAAGCGAAGGUCAACGGGCACCCAAUGCAGGUGGCAGUACAGAGGAAGAAGCUCCUGAAGGCUCCAGCCUUGGCUGAGUUUGACAGUUCUGAAUCAGAGGAGGAAUCAGUGCACAAGUCAACAAGCAGCAGUAGUGUGUCUACUUCUCAGCCUGAUGAUGUCUCUCCGCAAUCUGCCUCCAGCAGGAAAUCUCCACCCAAAUUCCUACCCAUAUCUUCCACCCCUCAACCUGAGAGGCGUCAGACUCCCCAAAGACGCCACUCCAUUGAGAAGGAGACACCAACCAACGUACGGCAGUUCCUUCCUCCAUCACGACAGAGCUCUAAAUCCCUGGUCCCUAGGAUAACUCGUUUCUUUCAAAGGAUGCCAUUUCGACCAUUUCCCUCCAUACACACAGCUUCCCUGCUGGGCUCUCAUCUUUUUGAAGCAGCUGUAUUUGGGGCGGCAGGGGCUGUGUUUUAUCUGUUUGGGAAUGCUUAUUCCAGCAGGUGGAGACACCCCCAGGAGGAGUUCUGCUACCCGGUGGAAAGCCUGGCCCUCACAGUCGAGGAAGUCAUGCACAUACGGCAGGUGCUGGUAAAAGCUGAGUUGGAGAAGUUCCAGCAAUAUAAAGAUAUCUAUCAUGCCCUGAAGAAAGGAAAGCUUUGUUUGUGCUGUCGAACAAAAAGAUUUUCAUUAUUUACCUGGUCAUACACUUGCCAGUUUUGCAAAAGACCAGUGUGCUCACAAUGUUGCAAAAAGAUGAGGUUACCUUCUAAGCCAUAUUCAACACUUCCCAUCUUCUCCCUGGGCCCUUCAGCCUUGCAGCGAGGGGACAGUUUCCUGAGGCCAGAAAAGCCAUCGACCAGUCACCAACGGCCAAUGAGAAGCCUCCCCAAGAUACAUUCUAAGGCUAAGUCUGUGGACAAAUCGAAUGAAGAUGAAUUUCAGUUUCCUAAAGAGCUCAUGGAAGACUGGAGCACCAUGGAGGUGUGCGUGGACUGUAAAAAGUUUAUCUCGGAAAUCAUCAAUUCUAGUCGUCGCAGUCUAACGCUGGCUAACAAGAGAUCUCGGUUAAAACGGAAGACGCAAUCAUUCUACCUGUCCUCCACAACGGCUUCAGAGUUUCGGCCCACUGAGAGAACAAUCAAUGAGAUCUGAGGACUUGUGCCUUUUGUUUUAUCUUUCUUUUUGAUUGGCUUCUGUCUAGUGACUAACCAGACUGUUGUUGUUCUAUGGGUUCAAGCAAGUUUAUGUUCUGCAACUACAGCACAAGCUUCUCUACUCCUAAAACUCGCUGUCGUAGAGGCACCAUCGAACACUACUUCCCAGAAACGGCGUCUGGUGGCUCUCUAGCACUGGAAGAAUGCAGCCAUUGCCUUUUUUAAUGCGUCAUUUUAUACGAUGACUUCAUUACAUGAACAGAAGUUCUGCUGGAGUUCAUUGAACAGAAAGCUGUUCUAAGUCCAGUCACCGUUACCUCAUUAAAUAGAGUUCAUUUAUCCUUCCCUUCUGAAAUGGAAACAUUCAGACUUUUUUCAGGGUCCAUUGAUUGGAUUUACUUUGGCCAAAUUUUGGUCUUUGGAAACACCACAUUAGACUAAUUGUGUCCGUUCGUUUUGUUUUUGUUAUAAGAAGUAGGGCGCUAUUUAUAGAAAUCCUACAAUAACUUUUAGAAUAACCUGGUACAGGAACCAUAGCACUUUUAUUAUCUCCCUCAGUGCCAAACAAAGUCUUCCCAAGCCAGACCUUGCUUCAUAUCUUCACACAUCUAUGCAUUUGGUCCUUUUGUCUCCCAGUAUGUUGGCUCUCUAGAGACAAUGGGGAGAAAGUAGCAAAAGUGUGGUAUGGUAGCUGAAUGGCUGGCUGUAUCUUUGUUAGAACUAGGGAUGCAACAAAUCUGAAAUUGUUUUAGGCUUUGGGCAAAUCUGGAAUCCUUUGAAAGAUUUGGUCGAAUACCAACCGAAUCCAACCCCUAAUUUGCAUAUGUAAAUUAUAGGAAAAGGGGAAUUUUUUUAUUCGGUUCAGCCAGGCACUUGGAUUUGGCAGAAUCUUGUCUGAAUCCUGGAUUUGGUGCAUCCCUAGUUAGAACUGUUACAUUGCUGAGGGUAAUUCUCCUACUUUUCUAAGUAUGUUUCUUAUAUCUUUGUAUGUCUUAAUCCAUGUUCGACCAUAAGACCCGUUCAUAAUGUCCUAUGUAAGAAUACAAAGCUUGGACUUUGUACAUUUUUUUAAAGAUAGUGAAAGAGUGAUACUUUUUUUUUACUUGGAGAGAGGGAAGUAGGGAACUGUACAAAAUUGUACAUAAAAGGGGUUUUGGUUUUUACUGUUAUGAACAUGAUGGUUUUACUACAGACACACACAAAAAUAUUGUCCUGUGGCAAAGAUACAUUCAACAAGUCAGUAUAUUCCUCUCCUCCUCCUUGUGGAUCAAUAGUUGAGUUUAGGGGGUGGAUGUGAAACCUGCAGCUCUGUCUGUUCCACAGGUCACAGUUGCUGGUGUUGUGCAGCUUUCACAUCCAUAAUAAAAGGCUUUGGUUCACAGUCACAAACUGUCCUCGACAUGUAAAUAGUUGUAUUAUAUUUAUUAUGAACUGGAACGUGUUCUCAUUUGAGCACUAGCUAUUGUUGUUAUUACCAAGGAGUUUAGGCACUGAAGAAAAGAUAUAUUUAUAUGUACAUUGUCUAUAAUAUAAUGUAAAGGGUUGAGCAUUCUGUUUCUGCAAGGAAUAUGUGAUAUUUUGUCCCUUUUAUAUGUCGGAGCUGUAAGUAGAGCUAGUUUCUGAUCAUUUUAUUUAAGGCAUUUAUUUUUCUAGUUUUUCUUCUAAUUUGUGCAGUUUGUAAACAUCAGGUGUAUUUGUGUUCAGUGUUUUGUUUUUGUACCCUAACGUACAGCCUAUUGCCUGGGACAGCCAAACAGAUAUAGAAUUAACAGGGUAAAGCCAAGUGAUUUGGCCCUGCUGAAAAGCUUGGCCAUUGGCUGGUUUCAGAGCUAACCCAUACUCCAGGACUAGGCAGCCUUCAGUAAUUCACCUGUUGCAAUUGGCAGCAUGCCUCUUCCUGCUGCUGUACGAGACAAUGCAUGCUGGGAUUUGUAGUUUUCCAACAGAAAUGCCAUGUGGUUUUUCUCUUCCUGCAUUCCCAUCUGCCCGGGCAAUAACCUGUUGCCAUCCUUGUAGUUUCUGCAGAGGUGGGAUACAGGGCAUCCGAGAGGACAAUAAAAUGCCUUUAUAGAAACAGCAUUUUGUUCUUCAUGUAUCAUUGCCUUGUACAUUGUAAAAGAUUACAUCUGUUGAUGUUGUUUAAAAUGAUUCCGUUAAUGUCUAACAGCAGUAUAGAGCAAUAGCUGUCUGUAAGGAGCUGCAGAAGGCCAGUCAUAAGGUUAAUGAAAUGAACAGCAGCACCCAAAGCAAAUGAGCAUCCUAACUAAUAAAAAAAAAAAAACUCUACAUACCAAAAUCAUGUUUGUUCUUUUUCCCUGAAAUAAAAACGGAUUAUCCU